ACACCAGGUAUCCAACUAUACAAAUAGUUCAUCCACUUUUACUGAAAAGUAGCUGUCGCUUAAUUCUAAAAUGGAUUAUAUACUUAAUCUUUCGGUAAUAUGUCUUCUUUCCAUAUUUGUGGAUGUAGUGAAAAUUGGUAAAGCUGAAGAGACGAGGCUCGAUACCAAACGAGGCACUGUUAUCGGGGAGGCAGAAUUUGUAGAAUUCAAUGGGGAAUACAAACCAAUCGUUCGCUUCCUUGGAAUUCCAUAUGCCAAGCCUCCUGUUGGUGAAAGACGAUUUACUAAACCGGAACCGUAUGGAAACUUCACAUCGCUUUACAACGCAACAUUUCACAGACCACACUGUAUGCAGACGAGAUUGUCCUUUAAAUAUAUAAAGGACUAUCAACAAGACGAGGAUUGUCUGUAUCUUAAUAUUUACAUACCGGGAAAUUACAGUUAUUCCGCACAGAGCCAUGCAGUCAUGAUUUAUAUACAUGGGGGAGGAUUUCUUGACGGUGGUGCCGAUAUCUACGUCGGUGAUAAACUUAGCGCCUUUAAUGACAUCAUCGUCGUUGCAAUUAACUACCGGUUAAACGUAUUUGGUUUUCUGAGCGACGGAGCAAAUUUGCGAGGUAAUUUCGGUCUCUGGGAUAUGAAGCUCGCAAUCCAGUGGGUACAUGACAACAUCAAUGAUUAUGGUGGUGAUCCAACAAGAGUGACAUUGUUCGGGCAGUCUGCUGGAGGAGCGGCCGUUAUGUACCAGGCUAUCAAUCCCAACAACCGUGGUUUGAUUCAUCGUGUUAUUGCGCAAAGUGGGAGUAUUUUUGGUUAUUGGGCACUUCAGAGGAAAACUGCCAAAACUUUUGAUUGGUUUGCCUCGAGCGUCAACUGCAGCUCAAGAUAUAUCUCUGAAACCAUGAAAUGCCUUAGAUCGAAACCCGCGACAGACUUGAAAUUACAUGAAAACGAAUACGUUUUACAGUUUGUGCCUAAUGUAGAUUCAGAAUUUUUACCAGAGGAGCCUGAAGCAUUAUCAAAGAGAAAUUCUGAAGCAGGCAGAGCCGCCAUGAAAUUUUUCUCAGAAAUAGAUUUCUUAAAUGGUGUCACGAGCAGUGAUGGCAAUUUUGCUCGAGAAUAUUGGACAGCUUGGAUGAAGUACGAAAACAUAGAUACUGAUGAGAAUAUCAGCGAAGGAGUCCCGAAGUCUUUUCUUACAGACAUAUACAUUCCAGAUAAAUUGUCCCAAAUGUUCGACAACAUUCCCGACACGUUAAAACGUUCCGUUGUUUUUCAGUACACAGACUGGUCAAAUGACACCGAUCCUUUCCUGGUGAGAUCGGAGUUGUUACAGUUUGAGUCGGAUACAGUUUUCUUUGUCCCAUCAUCAAUUUCCUCAAGAGUUCACCAACGAUCAAAGGGAAACCAAACAUCGGGAAGCAGUUACUUUUACGUAUUUGAUCACAAGCCAAGCUUUGUACCGGACCCAGAUUGGUUGGAAGGCGCAACACAUGUAAUGGACUUGGCCUACAUCUUUGGAUUUCCAAAACCUUUACAGUCCAAGUUAAUAAAGGAUUAUCAUGCUGUGGAUCCGUUCAAAGUUUUACCAGAAGAUUUUGUAUUUUCAAAAGUCAUGAUGACACUCUGGAGCAAUUUCGCUAAAACAGGAAAUCCGAACUUGCCGGUUCCAAAUGACGAUAACAAUAUACCUGUGUGGCCGACAUUCGACUUAAAAGAUGAGGCAUAUUUAAGCAUAUCUACAAAUAUGUCAUCAGAGUCAGUACAACAUCAUUUUGAUGGGGAGAAAGUUGCAUUCUGGGAAGGAAUAGUUCCUUUGCUAACAGACUGUAAUGACCAAGACACUACUUCGGCUGCAUUUUCUGUGCAAAAUGUGCAGUGGCUUCUCUAUGUUUUCAUGUUGUGUGCUUUUGUUUUUAUGAGCUAAUAAUGUUUUUGGUGUACUCACAUCUUAUAAUUUUUUGUCAACAUUUCGAUGAUUUUGACGCAAAAUGGGUCCAUCUGACAACUGUUAGCAAAAUCCCUUUUUCGCAUAUUUGGAUUAAGCAUAAUGAGACACGCAUUCUACAAAAGUAUUAUGACUAAAUUUUAUUAUUAAAUUAUAUAAUUUCUAAUUAGAAAAUAAGUAAUUCUGAAUUGUAUCAAUGUUAUAAUGCAAAAUAGGUUUAUCCACACUUGGACUUUUUUGACAGAUUAUAGUAUUGCUAAAUGUAUAUAGAGACCAGGAACCAGUUGCUCGAACUUUAACAGGUGAUUAAGCUUGAAUGUUUCUCAUUGCAGAGUUGGUGCAGCCGUUCUGCGCCUGCGCGGAAUUAUUAUCAAAUGGAACGCACGGCAAAAAUACUCAUUUUUUUGCAUGUCCACACGCAUUUAGUGUAUAAUGUGCAUAAUAUACCGACUAAAGGUUACGGUUAGAAUCACCAUGGUUACAAAAUAUAUACAUUUAAGGUAUUUUUGUUCAAAUUUAGUUAAUCCGGUAUAUACCGGAGUCUGUAAUAUAUCACGGGCGCACCAACUCUGUACUUAGUCACAGCCAUUAAGCUUACGGUUGAUUAACGUUUAAAGUUAUAUUUCGGCAUUUUAGAAGACUGAAACGAACAGAUGUCUAAGUUCAGGAAUAUGAACUCCAAAACGUCUUUCCUGCAAAGUCAGAACAUCAUAUUAGUGUUUCCCACCAAGACUAAAUUUUUGAAUCAAAAUUUGACGUGCGGUUGGUUUAACAGCAUGUUAAAGUGUCUAGUGUCCACUUUGCUACUAAUUAGUUGUAGGUAAGUUGAUUACAAUAAUAAACAAUAACUUGAACUUAGACUUUUCAUAAAAUAACAUCAAAUGAUGAAUUCUGUUGAGAAAGGUAAUGUAACAGCUGAAAACAAUAUGCGAAACGCCACAAAUAUACCCUCGUAAUAUAGUCAGAAAAAUGGAACAGGACAUCGGAAACAUUAUCAUUGUUUAUGUCUGACACUCGGUUCAUCGGAAACAUUAACAUUGUUUAUGUCUGACACUGAAACAUUAACAUUGUUUAUGUCUGAUACUCGGUUCAUUGAAAGAAGUUUUUCUACGUUUGAUUUCAUAGGAAGUAACAACACAGAUGUAAAUGCAUAAGGCCAUUUCAUAAUAAAUGACAGAAUCUUUAUUUGACUACAUAACAUUGUGCUACACAAUGCAACAAACAUUUUAAAAUAGCUAAACUAAGCAAAAUUUUAAUGAAAUCAAAUGUUGGGGUGGAGGUUUUUCUGCUCUUGAAAGUUUUUUUAUCACCAAUUUCAUUUGCACAACGCAUUAUGUGGCGGGGAAAGUAAAAGUUAAUUAAGAUUUUGUUGAUACAGUGUUUUUCCUCGGUUCGCUUACCUUACUUUCAAUACGCCGUGACAUUACAAAAGUCAUUGACGGCAAUAAAAUUCAUUUAAAGUGUACUUAGUAUAUGUAACAGUUACUAUCAAGCUUGAUUUAUGAGAUUAUUUUAUACUGCGUUGGUUUAAGAUGUGACUGUAACACUUUAAAACAUACAGUUGUUGAAAUAAUAAAUUUGUAUACCAUACGAUAGUUAAAACACAACAAGAAGCAUUUCUAUAGUAUUUUUAUCACACUAUUUUAAAUCGUCUAUGUUCAUAAAGCUUCCUGUAAAUGAAGUACCUGAGAAGCUGACUUUUAUAAAACACCGUGAUUGCGUGCACCAAUGUUUGAUAGCUAGAACUUGUUUUCCGCAUGUGAAUAAAAUAUAAAAUCCACAUCAGCGUCGAUACAGAAAUUUUCAAUUUGCUUUAAUUGCUGCAAUGACUUAGCGUAGUAAAGAAGAAAUGUAUACAGAUGAUACAUCUGAUCCACCACAGAAAAAAAAUUCUUUUGUGCUUUCAUGGUGGUAAUUAUAUACGAUUUGCAUAAAAAAUUUAGAAGUACAAUACAAGUAUCUAGUUACAAGUAAACAAUGGCAUGUAUAAGGCAAAACAAAAUGUGUUUAAUGUCUUAAUAUGUUAUUGAAUUAAUGUAGCAGUAUACACAAUACUUGGGGUUUAGACCAUAAGUGGUUCUACAGAGUACGAUGGUUCAUAAUUUAAGUCUUUUAAAACUAUACUGAAAAGAGACUGACAGAAUAAAUUAGCAGAUGAAAUUGUAAAAACACAUUCAUCUAGGAUGGACCUAAAGUGUCUGGUAUAGCUCUAGUAUACAACUUCUGUCGUGAUUUUCAAAAGUUUUUGUGGGGUUGGAUUGGGGAGGAGCGGAAGUGGUCACUACUUUUUUAAGAUAAUGCCUGAAUUUCAUAUUUGAAAAUAUGAAUAAUUAUUAUAGUUGACAGUUCAAUUGAUAUACUCGUCUUUCUGUCAAUUAGGGAAAUCAGCAUGAUUUGCUUUGCCUUAUUCAGAUAAGAACCAGCUGUUAAUAGCGUUGUGGUUGCGCGUUGGAUUGUCACACAGUAAGCAGGGUUUCAAUACUCCUAAUGACUACACUAUUUUAUUCAUAGGACAGUUAUGAAGCAUAAUUACAUAUAUUUCAUUAUUUUAAUUUUAUUCUGUAAAUAUAUGUUUUAUUUUCAUAGUUUUAUGUACACGUAAAUCUCAAUUCAACGCAAAAUAUCAUAUAACAUGCUUCUUUAACGGUAUCUGCAGUGCCGCCAGCUGUGUCUGUAGAUUUCUGGAGUCCAGUUAAAAUGAAAAGCACAAUUUAUUAGAUACAGUUAUGACUUAUUUUAUUUGCACAUGUAUACACCACAUUAAUUAUGUAUUCUAUGAAAUCUUCUAUACUUAUUUGAAGAUAAAAGAUGUGCAAAACGCAA